AUGAGAAAAGCGACUGCGCACGAAGUCAUAAAGUACCUGCAGAGCGACGUUUUUCAUGUAUUCGGCGUUCCCGAAGCAAUACACUCCGAUAAUGGCACACAAUUUAUAUCGGAAUCAUUUGGAAAGUUUCUACAAGGAUAUGGGGUAAAACAUGUCAAGACUGUGCCGUAUGCUCCACAGGCAAAUGCGUUGGAGCAAGUAAAUCGGUCGCCGCUGGCCAUGAUCCGCACAUAUCUGUCGGAAGAGGAUCAUCGAACUUGGGAUCAACAUGUAUCCCACGCAGCUUUUGCGUUGCGAAGUGCGGUUCACGAAGCGAUAGGAUUGGAACCGUAUAAGGCCAUAUUUGGGUAA